AUGUCACCUGAAACAACAUGUUCCAGCGACCGAGGCUCCUCCGAUUCCUCAUCCCAUUCUACACUCGUCUCCCGUUCUCCCUCCGUUUCCAAUCGAUCGCCUUCGCUCCGCCGCCGCUUCCCGUCGCCGGUCCACGCGCUCUGCGUGUUUCUUCUCGCACUGUCCGCGGCCAGUCGCGUGUGCGAAGCGCAGGACGAGACGAGCGAGGAGCUGCGCUUCCUGGAAUGGCUACACGGGCUGGGCGGCAAAGAGGUGCUUCCGCAGCGCGCCAAGCUGCGCAUCAGCCGCGCGCAGGGCGGGGAGCGCGGGAUGGCGGCGGCCGCGGACAUCGCGGCGGGGGAGGAGGUGGUAUCCGUGCCGUUUAAAGCCGCCAUAGUGGCGGAGGAGAGCGACCCGGAGCCGUUCAAGGAGUGCGGCAUGCACAUGGUGCUGAUGGCGAAGCUGCUGCGCGAGAUGAAAAAGGGCAACGCGUCCGAGUGGGCGGCCUUCACCGCCAUCCUCCCCUCCUACAUCCCCCUGCCCUGGCUGCCCUUGCCGCACCACCGCAAGACCACCACCACCACCACCACUACCACCACCAGUGACAGCACCAGCGCCAGCAGCAGCAGCAGCAGCACAGAGGCAGUGGCGGCAGCAGCGGCAGCGGGACUAUGGGAGCUGCAGCUGCCGAGCGCAGUGGUGAGGGGAGCAGCGCUGGAGGCAUACAUGCGGGAUGCAUACGAGAGGAGCGACAGGGCCGUGCUGGGUGGCGCCACCUACGGUGACUUCCUGUGGGCCUUCGCCAUGUACCUCACCCGACACUUCUCCCUGAACCUGCCUCCCAGCGACCCCCGCGGCACCAUCAGCAUGUUCUUACCCUUUGGAGACAUGGCGAAUCAUCGUUUCAGGGACGAGUGGGACGACGGGGACGUGGACUGGGUGGAGGGCGUCUACGCCGACCGAGCCGUGCUCGUCUCCCUCCGCCCUGUCUCCAAGGGGCACCCCGUGUUUGAGACCUACUGGAACGGGCCUAACGAGGCGUUCUGUGUGUUCCAGGCGUUUCUGCCGGAGCCGAAUCCGCAUGACACGGUGACGCUGUUUCAGGGGUUGCGGCAUGGGGUGGCGUGGCUGCUGGGGUUCCUGCAGAGGGAAGGGAGGUUGCCGGAUUCUGUUGUGGCUGGUUAUGCUGCUGAUGCCAGUGCUGCUGCUGGUGGUGUUGCUGCUGCGGGUGCUGACGGUGGUGCUGGUGCGUGCAUGCCCAUUCCCAAGGCGUUUGAAGAGGCCAUGCUGCGGCUGGCAGUGGCGGCAGCAGCAGAGGUGGAAGGCGCGUACGAGCAACACAACCACGGCAGCAGCAGCAGCAGCGACAGCAGCGACGGCAAUCAGGACACCCCACAGGACCCACAUGACCCACAGGAAGGCAGCGACGGCAGGAACUGGGCUGCCACGGCGCCCUUCCCCCCGCUGCCGCUCGGCUUCUCUCUGCCUGCUGACGGGCGGGACUCCACAGCCAACUUCGAUGCUCCAGAGGCAGUCACGGUGGGACGCAGGUGGAAGGGCAGCAGGCGCGCGCUCACGGCCUUUGCUGCUGUGAUCCGAGAGGUGCAAAGGUUGGUAAUGGGAGGCGGGGGUGUGGUGGGAGGUGAAGCUGGAAAGGGGAGUGAUGGGGGUGGUGGAGGUGCUACUUCUGCUGAUGCUGCUGCAGCUGCUGCUCGUGUGUCGCAGCACAGGGGCAGCAGUGCAUGGGGCUGCACGGCAGCAGAGGAGGCAUCACUAGGCCCGUCAGCAGCAGCAGCAGGAUCAGCAGCGGCUGUGUUCCUAGCACAGAUAGCCCUGGUGGAGCGAUGCAGGGAGAUGCUGCUCGCACUGCCCACCACACUGCAGCAUGAUCUUGCGCUGCUUGCUCGCGUCACUGGUAACAUUGCUGAUGUUACGGGAGAGCUCGCUGCUGCAGCAGGGGGAGCAGGGGGAGCAGGGGGAGCGGACGAGGGAGGUGGUGCUGCUGGUAGUGCUGCUGCCACUGACAGGGAAAAGCAGGGCUGUUGCGAGCGAGGGGGUGACGGGGCAGGAGGUGAUGAUAGGGUGUGUGAGUGGAAGGAUGGUUCUGAUACUGGCGACAGCAACAGAGAGUCCAGCGGUGGCAGCAGUGACAGCAGUGGCAACAGCAGUCAGGGUGGGCUGUCUGCUGCAGCAUAUGAGCUUGCCCUGCGCUUCAGAAUCGGGCAGAAGCGGUUGCUCCAGCACCUCGUGCAGGAAUGGCAGGGGGAUUAA